UAUAUAUGGAAUGAUAUUGCCGUGUGACAAGCAUUUCCUUCCCCUCCACCCACUUGCUGAAAGUGACGAACAUGUUUGUCAUCUCGUGCACUGUAUAUGACAGGGUGUGAGUAGUUGAUGGGUGUCUCCUGCGGCUGUCGUGUGCUCUUCACUGGCCUUCCUAAUGAAUCCCCUUCAUUCUCCCUCCCCUGUCCCUCGCCUCGCUCACCACUUACUGACAACCUCUCACCCAUGCGACCCCAUCCCUCUCCUGCCGUGCCUCCGCCCUUCCACGCAUCGAUCGUCGCCCCUCCCCUGUUCCAUGACCACACCCUCUUUGGACAGCAAGCAUGCUACGCGCACUAGCCCACCCACUUCGACACGCCACACUACUCUCACUAGCCACCCAAUUGGCCUCACCUAGAAUAGAUCAUGACUAAGGAAUCGCUUCGCAUUCGAAACCACACCUCCAAUUCAUACCCGAACUUCCACCCACCCUCACAAACGAUUCCCACAUCGUUGCCCUCACCAUCAGUCUCCGCCCACUAAUCAACUAAGCCCGCCUCAAUCAUCGUCAAUGCCACCAACAAACUUGUUCAGAACCGUCGCUAUGACCACCCUCGUUGAGUCGGCAAUCAACGUCGUCGGGGAACGGAGAUGGAGUGCUGUGUUGUCAUGGUAACGUGAAACACAGAGCCACCACCCUGGCUUAUUAAGUCAGUCAGCUAGUGAUAGCGUCAGGCAAAUGGUGUGAGAAAUAGCCCAGGGAAGGAAAAAAGACCGGUUGCUCACUGAGAACAGUAGCAGCUUCUCAGAUCUUACUCGUCCUCGCCUUGUACAGCUCCAACAGGCGACAAUUUUCAAUUUUCAAAGCAAAGCUCCACGUCUGGAGGAUAUGUGUACGGCAGAUCUGCAUGCUAAUCAGGGGCUCGUGUCAGCAUGCCCACGAGUCCAUACCUCAUCCGGUGUGUGAUGAGACGAUAGGGAGAGGAACGCAGGCCAGCAGAAUCUAUCAGAUACACUACUGCACCACCUCUCGCUAAUUUCAUCUAUCAUCCUAUCUGGGAAUCCGCUAGAGACGAUGUGAACAGUGAUGUUGCCAUGAGUUAGCUUCAAUCUCAGACUGCCGCGCUACUCCGUGUAGCCAACGCCCACUCCAAUGUUGCCAGUAUCAACCAUACGCAUCAUUUUGCCGGGGCAACAGGGGCAAGCGACAAACGAAUCCGUAUUAUUCGGUGAUGCACGUAACUGUGUCGUCGGAACCUUCACGUUGUUUGAGCAUCUUCUCUUUCCGUCGACUUACCCAAUCAAUGCCCACCAUUACAUCAUCCGAUCGGCACGGCAGCUCCUACCACGCUACCGGUCAUGUGAUCAGCCUUUCGCCUCAACACUGUCACACCUCGUCGUCUGUCGGUGGUUGCCCCGGCACCCAAACGAGGGGCGUGGUUUCUACCUCGUUGAUGUGUGGGAUCAGUGGUAGCAGUGAUCGAGUGGAUAGUAUUGAUUUGAAACGCUUGACGUCUCGUCUGAAUUCCAACAUCUCCAGACUCUGCUGUUACUUCAUCAUCCAUUCCCUACAACCCUCCCUUCUCUCCCCCUCCUCCUCCUCCUCCCCCUAUCUCUGUCUCUUCAACCCUUUCCCUCUCUCCCUCUCCACCUCACCCCUCCUCCUCUCCUCCCGCGGCGAGUGGCCUGAGGUCUGAACCUGGCACCAGUGGUCUCGGCAGGGAAGAAAUCAUCAUCGUAGACAGCAGUGAUGAUGAAGAUGAUCAUCACGUUAUUAUGUUCACUCGCGAACCCGACAACCGCCGUCUUGGCAACACCACCCGUCGUCGCGAAGCCACGCAAAUGUCGCAAGACGAGCGACUGGCUCGCCACCUCCAGGCCCAGUUUGACAGAGAACUGGACGUCUCCGCUGUCACUCACCCCUCUUCCUCCUCCUCCUCCUCCUCCUCCUCUGUCACUCACAGGAGACUGUUUGGUGAGCUGAGAGGUCGACCGAGGUCACAGGCCGACAGCAAUCUGUGGUCAUCGCGAGGGCCGUCUGGCGUAAUUCCUUCUCUCCCUCUCCAAACCACUACUACUCCUGGAUCCGUCUUUCCUCCUACCAG